UUAUUGAAAACAGCUGAAAAGAGGAGACAUAUUAGAAAUAUAAGAAAAACCUCCAAAAUGAAUUGUGAUAAAUCAGAGUACAUAAGAAAAUAGUCCACAAUCGCAGUAGUAAAUUUUUUUGGAGAAGUUAUCGUGAAGAUUUAAUUUUUAAGUACGCAAUUUGUAUAAAAAAGUGUACAUUAAAUAAACAGUUAAAACUAGUGUGUUUGUAGAAUCUGUUUCAAAGAAUAUAAUUGAACGAGCAUAAAAUGCCACUCAAGGAACGAAAUAUUGCCAUGAUGGGUUACAGCUCUGUGGGCAAAUCAUCGUUGUGCAUACAAUUUGUUGAGGGUCAAUUUGUGGACUCCUACGAUCCGACAAUUGAGAACACUUUUACAAAAAUAGCUCGAGUGAAUUCGCAGGACUACGAUGUCAAAGUUGUUGAUACAGCAGGACAGGAUGAGUACAGCAUAUUCCCUGUGCAAUAUAGCAUGGACUUCCACGGAUAUGUUCUUGUCUAUUCGAUAACCAGUCAAAAGUCUUUUGAAGUGAUCAAAAUUAUCUACGAAAAGUUAUUGGAUGUAAUGGGAAAGAAAUAUGUACCUGUUGUAUUAGUUGGAAACAAAACUGAUUUACACCAAGAGCGCAUGGUGUCUACUGAAGAAGGGCGUAAAUUAGCUGAAUCAUGGCGAGCUAUAUUUUUGGAAACUUCAGCUAAGCAAAAUGAGUCUGUUGCUGAUAUAUUUCAUCGACUUCUCAUAUCCAUUGAGAGUGAAAAUGGUAAUCCACAGGAAAAGAGCAAUUGCAUUAUUUCGUGAGAGCAUUCAGCCGUAAAUAACUGGUCACAACAAAAACAACGCCCUAUUCAAAUUUCCACUGCAGCAUUAUUCUACAUAAUAGCAGCAGCAACAUUAACUGGUACACCUAAAACAUUAAAUAAGACCAUAUCACAGUUGAUCAGUGCGAACGAACUACAGAAGGAAGCGCUCCAUGGAAAGCUGCAGUGCAUUGUAAGCGUGGUCGUAGUCGUGGUCGCGUGUAUGUGUGAACUAUUUGAAUGUGUAGGUGAGAAUGUUUGUGCGAAUUUUUCUUAUAACCCCCAGGGUAGCUGCCAAAUUUUAUGCUUGGCACUAUCGGAAAAAAAACAUGAUUCAUAAGUAAAUAGGUAAUUGCGCGAAUUUCACUGCAUAGAUUAGCGUUGUAGAUUGAAAGUUUAAAGUAAUUAAAGUUAUCACAUUUAAAAAUACACAUUGAUUAAAUGUUGCACAUUGAAUUUUAUGUUGCUUUAAUUUACAGGAGACUAACUUUAUUAUCCUUUACUACAAAACUAAUAAAUUUUACAGAAUUAUAAUUGUUUCUUCGGCAGUAGUUAUAUAUUAUUUUUUUAUAUUAAAAUGUAGUUACUUUUUAGUCUCUUGUAUAAUUUUUACAAUCUAUGUAUAUUUAAUGUCAGCAAAUGACUUUUACAAAAAAGUUUUCUCAGCUAUAAGGAAUAAAAGAAUAGAAGCAUAGAAAAAAAGAUCAUAAAAGGACAGAAAUAAAAAUAUAAUAUAAUAGUCUUUGUUUCAACUACUUCAACAAUAGAGCAAUAAACUAUUAACAAUUUUUUGAAAUAAAUUAAAUUUAAUUCUAUUUAAAUGAGACAAUUUUAUAUUUAAGUUGAGUAGAAUUAAUUAUUUAUUGUUAGGAUUUCCUCACUUUCCUUUAAACACUUUAAAUAUGCUUAUAUAAUUCUUUUUUUAAAUUAUCAAUCUUAAACUUGCUUUUUUUAUGUGAAAGAAACGCCCCCUUCAAAAAUUGGAAUAAUCAAAAUAUAUUUGAAUGCUUUAUAGAUAAAAAAAAACUUUGUGUAGACAACUUAUUCAGGUAUAUAUUUUAUUUUUAUUGAUUAAUCUUUAUAUUUUAGUUAUUCAAAAAUGGAAAAUAUUAAAUUUUAUACCUAUGAUCUGUGUCAUUAAUAAUCUAAGGAGGUUUGUUCUAUCCAAUGAAAUAGGAAAUAAAAUGAAUUAUUACUUAAAA